AUGGACUCUGAUAUCGCGAACGCGCCUUUCCGCGCUGAGUUUGUUAUUCCUUCGAUCGGGCGGCCCGCCGCAGAAGGCGACGGCACUUGUACAUACCUUUGUGGCAACUCUCUUGGUUUGCUUCCGAAGCGUUCGCAAGCCCUUGUCCAGGAGGAGUUUGCCAUCUGGGGUUCAAGAGGUGUCGAAGGCCAUUUUGAUCACCCGCACGGACGCGAUUGGGUGUCUAUCGCAGAUACGUGCACGCCAUUACUUGCAGAGAUCGUCGGCGCAAAGACCUCCGAGGUCGCAUGUAUGGGGACGCUCACGGCGAAUCUGCAUCUUAUGAUGAACACAUUCUACAAGCCCUCCGGAAACCGCUACAAGAUCCUCUGCGAAGGAAAGGCAUUCCCGUCAGACCAGUACGCAUUUGCUUCGCAAGCAAACCUGCACGGCUAUGAGCCGAGUGACGCAGUUCUCGAACUAUUCCCUCGUCCAGGGGAGCACACGCUUCGCGAAGAGGAUAUUCUCAAGGUUAUCGCUGAACAGGGUUCAACCAUCGCUCUGGUGAUCUUCAGUGGUGUUCAAUAUUACACCGGCCAAUGGUUCCCCAUGGAACGCAUUACGAAGGCGGCCAAAGCGCAAGGUUGCAUCUGCGGCUGGGAUCUGGCUCACGCAGUUGGGAAUGUUCCCCUCUCACUUCAUGAUUGGGGUGUCGACUGGGCUGUGUGGUGCAGCUACAAGUACCUAAACUCAGGGCCAGGAGGCAUUGCUGGAUUGUUUGUUCAUGAGAGCUGGGACGACCGUCUUAUUACCAAUUAUGCCGGUUGGUGGGGACAUGAUCUAUCAACGCGCUUCGCUAUGCCGCCCAAGUUCCAGCCAAUACGGGGCGCCGGUGGCUUCCAACAAUCCAAUCCUCCAGUCCUCUGCGUCGUGUCGCUUCUCGGCUCCCUACAGAUCUUCAAAGAGGCUGGGAUGAUGCCAGCUCUGCGUGCACGAUCUGUCAGAUUAACGGGCUAUCUUCAGUCGAAGCUGGUUCGAUCGAGAUUCUAUGUUCCGGUCGAGGAGAUUGCUUCGCGAUACCCUGAAGACGGCUCGAAUACAUCGCCAGCGUUCACCAUCAUCACCCCUCUAGAUCCAGACUCACGAGGCACGCAGCUCUCGCUUGCAUUCUUGCCGCUCGGCACGGGGGUGAUGCUGAAGAUCUUCGAUGGAUUGAAGGCUCACGGCGUCAUUGGGGACGAGCGCAAGCCCGAUGUCAUUCGCCUUGCACCCACGGCACUCUAUAAUACCUCUGAAGACUGUGACAAGGCUGCGAGGCACCUGGAAGAGGUUUUCGAAAACCUUUCUGCAUAA